CCGCGCCCCGGAGCCAUGAACUUCCCGGCGGGCGGGGGGCAGAGCCCGCAGCAGCAGCCCAGCCUGGCGGCGCCGGGGGGCGGCGGCGGCGGCGGCGCGGGGCCCGGGCCCGGGGGCGGCGGCGGCGGCCCCUCGCCGCAGCUGGCCGGCGGCGCCGCGCCGCAGUUCGCGCUCUCCAACUCGGCGGCCAUCCGCGCCGAGAUCCAGCGCUUCGAGUCGGUGCACCCCAACAUCUACGCCAUCUACGACCUGAUCGAGCGCAUCGAGGACCUGGCGCUGCAGAACCAGAUCCGGGAGCACGUCAUCUCCAUCGAGGACUCCUUUGUGAACAGCCAGGAGUGGACGCUCAGCCGCUCGGUGCCUGAGCUCAAAGUGGGCAUUGUAGGGAACCUGUCCAGUGGGAAGUCGGCGCUGGUGCAUCGCUAUCUGACCGGGACCUAUGUCCAGGAGGAGUCCCCUGAAGGCGGCCGGUUUAAGAAAGAGAUUGUGGUGGACGGCCAGAGCUACCUGCUGCUCAUCCGAGAUGAGGGAGGCCCCCCCGAGCUUCAGUUUGCUGCCUGGGUGGAUGCCGUGGUGUUUGUAUUCAGCUUGGAGGAUGAGAUCAGCUUCCAGACCGUGUACAACUAUUUCCUGCGACUUUGCAGCUUCCGGAACGCCAGCGAGGUGCCCAUGGUGCUGGUGGGCACGCAGGACGCCAUCAGCGCUGCCAACCCCCGGGUCAUUGACGACAGCAGGGCGCGCAAGCUGUCCACCGACCUGAAGCGCUGCACCUACUACGAGACGUGUGCCACCUAUGGGCUCAACGUGGAGCGCGUCUUCCAGGACGUGGCACAGAAGGUAGUGGCCUUGCGGAAGAAGCAGCAGCUGGCCAUCGGGCCCUGCAAGUCCCUGCCCAACUCCCCGAGCCACUCGGCCGUGUCUGCCGCCUCCAUCCCGGCCGUGCACAUAAACCAGGCCACCAACGGCGGCGGCGCCUUCAGCGACUACUCGUCGUCUGUCCCGUCCACGCCGAGCAUCGGGCAGCGGGAGGUGCGCAUCGAGACCAUCGCGGCCUCCUCCACCCCCACCCCCACGCGCAAACAGUCCAAACGCCGCUCCAACAUCUUCACGUCUCGCAAGGGCGCCGACCUGGAGCGGGAGAAGAAGGCGGCCGAGGGCAAGGUGGACAGCAUCGGCAGCGGCCGGGCCAUCCCCAUCAAGCAGGGCGUCCUGCUGAAGCGCAGUGGCAAGUCCCUGAACAAGGAGUGGAAGAAGAAAUACGUCACCCUGUGCGGCAACGGGCUGCUCACCUACCACCCCAGCCUGCACGACUACAUGCAGAACAUCCACGGCAAAGAGAUCGACCUGGUGCGGACCACGGUGAAGGUCCCGGGGAAGCGCCUGCCCCGCGCCACGCCGGCCACCGCGCCGGGCACCAGCCCCCGCGCCAACGGGCUGGCCUUGGAGCGCAGCGCCACGCAGCUGAGCGCGGGCACAGACGCAGAGGAGUCCUUCGAGUUCGUGGUGGUGUCGCUCACGGGCCAGACGUGGCACUUCGAGGCGUCGACAGCAGAGGAGCGGGAGCUGUGGGUGCAGAGCGUGCAGGCCCAGAUCCUCGCCAGCCUGCAGGGCUGCCGCAGCGCCAAGGACAAGACUCGGCUGGGGAACCAGAACGCAGCCCUGGCCGUGCAGGCCGUCCGCACCGUCCGCGGCAACAGCUUCUGCAUCGACUGCGAUGCCCCCAAUCCGGACUGGGCCAGCCUGAACCUGGGCGCCCUGAUGUGCAUCGAGUGCUCGGGCACCCACCGGCACCUGGGUGCCCACCUGUCCCGCGUCCGCUCCCUGGACCUCGACGACUGGCCGCCCGAGCUGCUGGCCGUCAUGACCGCGAUGGGCAACACCUUGGCCAACAGCGUCUGGGAAGGGGCCCUGGACGGCUACGCCAAGCCCGGGCCGGACGCCUGCAGGGAGGAGAAGGAGCGCUGGAUCCGUGCCAAGUACGAGCAGAAGCUCUUCCUGGCCCCGCUGCCGAGCUCCGACGUGCCGCUGGGGCAGCAGCUGCUGCGGGCCGUGGUGGAGGACGACCUGCGGCUGCUGGUGACGCUGCUGGCCCACGGCUCCAAGGAGGAGGUGAACGAGACCUACGGCGACGGCGACGGGCGCACGGCCCUGCACCUGUCCAGCGCCAUGGCCAACGUGGUCUUCACGCAGCUGCUCAUCUGGUACGGGGUGGACGUGAGGAGCCGGGACGCCCGGGGCCUGACCCCGCUGGCCUACGCCCGCCGCGCCGGCAGCCAGGAGUGUGCCGACAUCCUCAUCCAGCACGGCUGCCCCGGGGAGGGCUGCGGCCUGACGCCCACCCCGAGCCGGGACCCCGCCGGCGGCGGCGCCAACAGCUCGGGCGAGCUGCACCGCAGCCCCAGCCUCCUCUGAGGCCCCCCGGACUCCAC